CCUUUUUCUAUGUGGCUUCCAACAGCUUGCCAUUUCCUCUGAAGACUAGGAGUGCUCAUUUUUUCCCAGACGCCUUGGAAGGCAAAUAAAAAGAAAAGUUUUACUGCUCGUUUCUCUUUUGCCUAGUCAAGACUGUCAAUCCAGUGAAGCUUCAGAAAUCUAAAUGACUGAAAGCAAUGACAUCUCUGCAGACAUGGCCUCUUACCUUCCUGCUUGUUAUCACAGUGCAUUGCUCUAACUCUCUAGAAGACAAUCAGAUCCCUAGUUUGUGCACAGGUAGCCCUGGUAUCCCAGGAUCUCCCGGGUUGCAUGGCAGCCCUGGUCAGCCUGGCAGGGACGGGCGAGAUGGACGUGAUGCACAACCAGGAGAGAAAGGGGAAAAAGGGGACAGAGGAGGGUCAGGUCAGUCAGGUGAGAGGGGCCUCACGGGAGACCGAGGGGAUCCAGGGGAAAAAGGAGAGAAAGGAUCCCCAGGCGAGUGUGCAGUAGCCCCCAAAUCAGCUUUUAGUGUUAAGCUCUCUGAGGCCCGGACCACGCCGCUGACAGUAAGCGACGCAGUGCGCUUUGACAACGUGGUUCUAAAUGAGCAGGGGGAUUAUAAUCCUGAGACCGGGCGCUUCACCUGUAGAGUGCCGGGUGUUUAUUACUUUGCCGUCCACGCCACAGUUUACCGCUCCAGCUUGCAGUUUGACCUCAUAAAGAAUGGAAACGCAGUGGCCUCCUAUUUUCAGAUCUUUGGGAACUGGUCCAAACCAGCCUCACUGUCUGGAGGAACCUUAGUGCACUUGAUUCCAGGAGAUCAGGUGUGGGUGCAGAUGGCCCUGGAGAAAAGACAUUUCUGCUGCACAGCUACAGACUGAGCUGUGGUUUCAGAGUGCAUUUAAGGUCAUCAAACAUGGAGUAGUAUAAAUUGUGAGACCAUAUUAUUGGUGUUUUAGCAUUUAAGACAAGUGUAUAUUUGUGGCACUCCCAAAUCCAUUGUUUGUGUUUGGCAGCUUGUGUAUGUUGAGUCACAGAGACAUCUUGUCAUCAAGUCCAGUUGUAUAUGCUUCAAGAUGUAACAUCCUAUUUCAGUAAUACAGACAAGACCCUCUGAUUCUUUGUAUCUUUCUCUAUCCCUUUCUCCUGCUUUUCUAUUUUUGUUCGGAGAAUUAAUUCCAAUUUUCCUCAGGCUGCUGGCACAGACAUACACAGAAUGUUUUUUCUCAACAUUUUUGCACAAAAGUUGAGAGAAAUGAGAUAUGUAUCCUCCCUUUGUGCAGUUAAUUUCCAUGAGGUCAUGGCCUACCUCCACCCAGCUGGAGAACAGUGCAUUUCAACCAGACCCAACAGUCAAAACAAGCAUAGAUGGGUGUCUGAAUCUGAACAACCCAAAUAUCAAAUUUAUCAUCUUGAUAUAGUUAAAACAAUUUUGAAAUUAUGUAUGCCUUUACAGGUUGAACAGGCUAGAGGGUGCCACAAUCUGACUAGACUCUCAGACUAGAUUUAGUCAACAUUCCCACAAACCAUGUAAUACAUAAUCAUUUUUUCAAGCCCAUGUUUUGAUUAGUUUUUUCUUUUCUUUUUGUCACAGUAAUACAUUUGAAGUAAGCAAAAACUGUACUGUAACUUGUUACUUGUUCAAAGAACAAUACAGUAGUAAUAAUAAUA